ACAAACUGACUGAGCAAGUACAACUAUCUCUACCUGCAUAUGGUGACCUAUACAUUCCACUCUCCUCAGACGUCCCCAAGUCUGUGUUCCGUGUGGUGAGAAAUCCGGUGUACCUGCUCACCUUGCUGGCCAUGGCGGGACUCAACAUGCGAGCAAUCAGUCUCCUCGUCUUUGGGUCGAAGUACAUGGAGCACGUGUUCAAUGUUCCAAUCUGGCAAUCAAGCAUGUUUAUAGGUAUUGGAGUGAUGCUACUGAGUGGAGUGGGGUGCUUUCUCGGCGGGGCUGUGGUAUCUCAUUUUAAGAUGGGACGCAGGGGGUGUCUUUUAUUUGCAACUGGAGCCAUGGUGCUGUCCACAGUUUCAGAAGGCAUAAAUAUGACAAUGGGUUGUCCAAACACACGCAUAGCUGGGCUUAACCUGCAAUUAAAUGGCACACUGAACACAAUUGCUUGCCAGUGUGAUGGUACCGACUUUCUUCCGGUUUGCGGCAAUGAUGUCACAUUUUUCUCCCCGUGCCACCCCGGAUGCCAGAAUUCAACUGGCAUUUCCUAUGGAGGCUGUGCUGGUGUGGAAGGUGGGGCAGUAGUGUUGGGAAUGUGUGACACGGACUGCUUCAAACUCUACCCGUUCAUGGCGCUCACAGUUGUUUAUGCCGUGGUCGGCUCUUUCUCCAUUGUGCCCAGCUAUCUGGUCCUCAUCAGAAGCGUCUCUGAACGCGAUAGGACGAUGGCAGCAAGUAUCUAUGGACUGGCGAUAUCUCUGCUUGCCUACAUACCGGGACCUGUACUGUAUGGGAAGAUCAUCGACACCACUUGUAUUGUCUGGAGGAACUUGUGCGGUAAACGUGGGGCAUGCGCACUAUACGACAUUGUUGAAUGGAGGAUGAAGAUGGCGGGAACGAACGUAGGACUCUUGGUGAUGUCCACCCUGUUCGCUGUUCUAGCGUACUGCGUUCUAACAUAUAAAGGAAGACCUGCUGUUGCCAAGUCAGUAUGAUUGGUAUGAAUAUGUUGACACACAGCUGUCUGCAUGGGCAAUUAAACUAUUUGAACAAUUAAACUGAUUGUCCAUGCAGCUGAUUUCAGGGACAUGCAUUGUCAUCACACUGACGUGGCAACACCUGGACUUUUCGUUUCACUCUUUAACAGGGAGUGGCCUCGAGCCAAGUUGCAUCCCACUUUGUGUGCCUGCUGCUAUUUUGUUGCGUAUACAAAUUAGGGCAUUUAACAAUAUCACAACGUUUCCAUUUCGUACAAGGCGUUAAAUCUAUGAUUGGACCUACACUGGAAAUAGGCGCCAGGCCUUGGAAUGUAGUCACUUGUUAACUUGGCCUCUUUCAUUCCUUGUUGCAUUACUGAUUUUGUUUAUCUCAGGCGGAUAUACUUUUCCCAAACUGUCACUUGUAUUGCAUGAUGUAAGAUCUUGCACUAAUAAAUAUACAGAUUGC